AUGCCACCACCUGCGCCUCAACUAGCCGUUCCUGCCGUUGUUCCUGCCAUUCCUGCUGUUCCAGUCAUUCCUGCCUUCAAUGCCGCUGAAAUACAAAUGUCAGCCGGUACUAAGGCACACUUCCAAGCUAUUGGAAAAGCUAAGCGCACAAAGAAGCCUCUCCCUGCCCCUUACUCUAGAAGCUCUCAACAAUCAUCCUCCAAAUCUGCUGCCGAACCAUCCUCUCAAUUUACACUUAUUAAUUGCGGUAUACUUAUCCUACAAGAUGAAAAGUUCAACAAAAAACUUACCUCAACAAUCAAGAGUAUGCACCGGAUUGAAAUGAGCGACCCAAAUUUAUAUUUCAAGCUUUGGUCCGAAUUGUGGGCCUUGUUUUCGCCUGAACUAAUUAAGAAAGGCCUCAUUGGUCCUCUUCCCAAUAAUCCUCUUGAACAAACCUGCUUGAGCCAUGGUCAAAGCCGCCUCCCAGACCUCAGCACCCUGCUCUCCCAUCUUGAACACACCAAGAAAAAACCAGUUCAAGUUGAUCUCAUUUAUGAGGAUCUCUCUAGCGAGCUUGAAACUGGAAUCACCACCUCUGUCAGCUCAUCCCAAGUGCGAAGCACUAGAAAGCGUGCAGUCCAAAAGGAUGUCCCAGCUAAACCGAAUUUCAACCUAGACACGGUUGUUCGAAACAGAAAUCAUACAAUUGCAAGAACUCUCCCAGCUCGUGGUCAUGCAAGUCUCUUGACACAAUUGGCGUACCUUGGACAACCAUUGGCUGACCAUGCACUGAGUUGGAAUGAAGAGGCAUGGGUUAUUGGACAGCGACUUGAGUUUGAUAAUGAUGAUGUUACUUCAGUGCGAGGUCAAGAACCAAGCUUGAUUGUCUAUGGCCUCAAAAGCACCCCACGCGCAAUCACCUUGAAAGUCGAUAAGACUAAUGAAGUUGGAAGAGGAAGCAUGCAAGUUGCUUACGCUGCCCAAGUCAAGAGCCUGCUCAAGGACGGAAGUGAAGAGAUCACUGACUAUGUUGCCAAGCACCGAUUUAUUGAUCAUAUUCCAUCACUUUCAAACCAUGCCACCGAUGCUCGAAUGUACCAAGCUUGUGGCCUCCUCCUCAGGGAAUUCAAGCGGGUGGUUGCUGAUGCAGAAAGUCCACUGCUCACUAAUGGUCUAAAACAGAGAGCAUCCGAUUUCCAUGUCAGUUUUACCUCCUUAUUUUACAAGGAUGUGUCUACUAACUAA